GUCCCGUGCUUCACAGCAGGCACCAACAUCGUAGGACUCGGAGCUUUGUGAUGGCAGCCUCCCGGCUCUGUAAACACAGACGGGCCUUAGCAAGGCUCGGAAAUACUGGAACAGCUGUCGCCUGUGAAACACGGCUGAGUGAAUCCGUUGAUGGCGAAUACCGUGCUGCUACAUCAGGUUACUCUCUGAAUGCCAUGACUCCUGUGGCCGGCAUUGCAUAAGGCGCCCGCCUCCGCAUAGGCUCUGUUGGUACCUCUGAUCCCUUAUUCCAUCCAGUAUACCCACGAUCCCUUUCUAGCAAACUACACCACGCAAGGCAUUUCAUUACACUCAUUAAAGAUUCUACCAAGAUGGGUCAGUCCUGGUCCCAGUUUCAGCAACGCAACAAUGCGAGAUCUCUGCUCGAACUCGCCCCGGCGGGGACUCCGGGCAGUGGCGCCCCCAUUCCGAACCUCACGCGUCCCACGCUCGAGACGGCGCUGACGAACGUCGGAGAUUAUCUCGCCAAGAAGAAGAAGACUGUCACGGUGAUUGCCGUCGGCGGCGCCGUCAACACCAUCCAUCUGAGGAGCCGGCAGUCGACGCACGACGUCGACUUCUACAACAGUCGGCUGACGGUCGCCGACUAUGGGCAUCUCAUAAAGGGGGCCAAGGAAGCCGCCGGGCGCGAUCCCCAGCUCAAUGAGGGGUGGUUCAACAACCACACCGUAUUCUUCAUCCCGCAAUCGCAGCGUGACGCCCUCACGGACCAGGCGUUCGCCCAGAACGAGGUCAUCUUCCAGCACGGCGGCCUGAAGGUGCUAGCGGCGCCUUGGAAGUACGCCUUCUGCUGCAAGGUCGACCGUCUCGCCGGCGGCGGAAUCAACGCCGCGCAGAGCUAUGACCUUUCGGACGCCGUGCAUUACCUUGCCCGCCACCUGGCAAGACAUAACUUGACGACGAUGACGCUGGCGACGGUGAAGCAAUGGUUCGCGGGGUAUGGCCUACAAUGGACUGUCGGCAAUGACGUGGUGAUUGGACGUAUUAAUGCCGCUUAUAAGACCAAGUUCGGUGUGGAGAAGGUUAUUAAGUAGACGACGUGUGGGCGGGUGGUGAGGCCGUGAGAUGUUGAGUUGGGAGUCGGCGUUGUGGAGUGGAGGAUUGCGAUGAAACACAUGCUGUUUGUAUCGUAGAAGUGUAAUAUUACGCUUGAGUGCUG